AUGUCUGAAGAUAAGAUGGAUCUAGACGAGCAACAGGUGGGCCAAGAAGAGGUUCAAGAAGACGCUGUGGGCACGGUGACAGAGAAAGAAGAGGAAGCUCGUCCUAAGAAACGGUUCGAAGUGAAGAAAUGGACCGCGGUAGCAUUCUGGUCGUGGGACAUUGCUGUGGAAAAUUGUGCGAUCUGCAGAAAUCAUAUAAUGGAACCCUGCAUUCAGUGCCAGCCUACGGCGAUGACAGAUUGCGAGACAGAGUGUGUGGCAGCGUGGGGUGUGUGCAACCACGCAUUCCACCUGCAUUGCAUCAACAAAUGGCUUCAGACUAGAAACGUUUGCCCACUGGAUAACCAGCCCUGGCAGUUUGCCAAGUAUGGAAGGUGA